AUGGAGUUCAACGUAAUUCUCACGCUCAGGAUUAUUCAGGCCCUUCUAGCCAUCAUUGUGUUGGGCAUAUCUGCCUACGUCAUUGAUGUCUUCAGUCCUAUCACGAUUGACUCGGCCAAUUUCUUGUUGUUCAACUCAAUCUGGUCGUUUGUCGCCUUGGGAUACCUCGUUGCUACUCCAAUGUUCUUCCCGAACUUCCACAACCGCUGGGGUGUUCUCGGAGUCGAAGCCAUUACUAUGGUCUUCUGGUUCGCGGGAUUUAUCGCUUUGGCCGCAGAUAUCCCCACAUUUCGCUGCGCUGUCAAUUUCAGGUGCGCGAUCGGUGCUUCGAAAGCAGCAGCAACUUUCGGAGCCUUUGCAUGGCUUGCAUGGUUAGGAACGCUUGGAAUGGUUGUGAACGCCUUGAUCAAGCACAGGAAAACCGACCCAGGAACAGACGGCAAUGAAACAGUUUGA